AUUCACUUCCUGGUAGGUCAACAUUUGGAUGAAGGAAAAUUAUGUUUACCAUAUAAACAGCUGAGGUCACUUUUUAAUCAAAAAGGAGGUCAUGGCAUCAAGUAAACCUGUACACUGCGGACCUUGUAAACAAGAUAAAGUAACCACUCAAGCUAACAUAUGGUGUUACAACUGUGAUGAAGGAUUAUGCUCAACAUGUUCAAAUAAACACAAAAGAAUUAAACCAUCACGUGAUCACAAGACCACUGAUAUCAAAACCUAUAAAAGCUUACACACUGGCUCAAUCAACAAAACAGAAUGUGACACCCAUAGUAAACAGUAUAACCUAUACUGCCCCAGUCAUUUAAUGCCUUGCUGUGAUGCCUGUAUUACCACUAGGCAUUCAAAAUGUACUGGAAUAAAACGUCUUGCUAGUGUAGUGGAGAAAACAAAGAUUGAAAAAUCCAAAGAAUCUGUAGAAAAAGGUAUACUAUCUAUAACUAAUUUCUUGGAUGAAAUGGUAAACAUCAAAUCAGAAAACAUUAGAAGAGGGGAACAACAAUAUGAAACCAUAAAGCAAUCAAUGAGUAAAAUUCGAAAUGAAAUCAAUAAACAUUUAGACAAUCUUGAGAAAAAGUUAUGUAAAGAAGCAGAUAUAGCAUGGAGUCAGGAAAAAUCAAAAUUAACAAGUUUAAUUACUGAAAUUGAAGAUGAAACGAAAAAACUGAAGGAAAUGCAAAAUUAUUUAAAAACAGUUACAGAACAUACAUCAAAACUCCAAUCAUUUCUAGGAAUUCAUCAGAUUGAACAAAAAGUUCAUCAAUGUCAAAGAUUUGUUGAAGAUAUUGAAGACAGUGAGAGAGUUUGUGACGUUGACAUCAAAAUAAAGCAAAAUGGUGAGAUAGAAAAAAUACUCAAAGAAUUACAAUCAAUUACAGCCUUUGGAGACGUGAAUGUUAUUAGAACAGAAAUAUCCUUGAAGAGAAAAACAAAUGUGAGUAGUGAAGCACAAAUAGAAUUACAAUCUUACAUAGACAAUAUGACAAUGAAUAUUGAGACAAAAAUACAAAUGAAAAUAAGUAAGAAGAUUAGUGACAUGAUUUGUCUGAUGGAUGGAAGGGUUAUAGUAGUUGAACAGGGGGCUAAAGUUAACCUACUCACUUCUGAUGGCAAACUUGAGAAACAGUUACCUAUGCCUGGUAGCGCCUGGGGUGUAACACAGAUCAAUCAGGACACUAUAGCCAUAACAUAUCCCUGGGAGACCGCCAUAAAGAUCUUCAAUAUGAAGAAGGAAACAGCUACCAAGGUCAUCAAUUUAGGCAGAGCAUGCUUUGGUUUAUCAUGUUCCAACGAUUCUUUAGUUGUAGGUUUGGAUAAAAAUGAAAUCCGUAUUAUAGACUUGGAGGGAAAUACACUGAAGUCAAUACAAGUUCAGAGUAAAUCAUCCCUAAAUCAACUUGUUUACUGUAAUGACAGAGUUAUCUAUAGAGACAAUCAUGGUAAAGCAGUAUACUGUUAUGAUGGAACAGGUAAACAGAUCUGGCAAUACAAACACGACUUAUCUGGACCAAGAGGACUUAGUACAGAUACUUAUGGUAACAUUAUUGUAGUAGACUUUGCUCCAGAAAGAUUAAUAAUAAUAUCAAAAAAUGGACAGGACAGUAAAGAACUAGUUAAAAAAGGGGACAUAGAUUUUAUGCCUUGGUGUAUUUGUUUUAACAAAAGUAAUGAAUCUUCUGGUUUUAUUUGUGAUAGCUAUGGCAAUGACAUAACCAGAUUUAAUCUGUCUAUUGAUUAAAUAUGCACUGACAAACGUAAGAACAUUACUUGAUUAUGAUAUAACAAUGUAUAAUACAUGAAGAAGAAUUUGGAUUUAUAUUAAUUUUAUGGUUGAAAACAUAAAUGUUAAGGGAGGAAUGGACUUAUAUAAAAAGAAUUUAUACAAAGUCGGGUUGUUAUGAAAAUUAUAAUGGUAUACAGUUUUGGAUAAAACACUGUAUUUCAGCAACUACAAAAUAUUUUGUUUGUCAAAACGUAUAGAUCCAUAUAGUGCUUUCCGUACCUUUUUGCAAGGAAAAUUGAUUUAUUGUGGAACUUUUAAACUGUAAGAAAUUGUAUAAUGGACGUAUGUUUGGCCUUUUACCUUAUGGUU